AUGGACGAAGAUCAUUUCUUGGCUUCCUUCCUGGGAGAGAAAUUGCCUACAUUGGGAUUGGAUCCUGAGACGUACGGGCCGUAUCUAUUGGGUCUGCUUCCCGCGGAUGACGAGGCUUUAUUGGACGGCAAUGCUGAUGUCGAUGACAACAACUCAGGAGCAGAUGAUGAAGAGUGGGAUGGCGUAUUGGAAUUACUGCAAGCCAGUUCGGAAUCUCAUAGUGAUGAUGUGGAUGCAUGGCAGGCACUCAAGAAAGAGUUGUUGGAUCGGUAUCGCAAGCAUUUGAUCGAGGCAAAACACCAAAAGGCGGAAGAAGAUGCUCAGAGACUGGAAGCUGCCAAAAUAGCGGCUGCCGCUAUCCCCGAAGAAACAAAAAAGGAAGAGAAGAAGAGCUCCGUCAUUGACGAGGAGGCCAAGAAAGCCAUGUUGGCUCGAUUCGCCUAUGAAAAUGACGACGAGGAUGAUGACGAGGAAGGGGAGCUUGGCCAUGUAAACGUCAACAAGGAAGCCGCCAAACAACAAAGUCUCGAAAAUGCCAAAGAACUGCGCAAAGUAAAAGGGCAAACGAAAAAGGAAGAACAACAGAAAACCAAACAAGCGAAACAAGACAAAAUCAAACUAAAGGAAGAAAGACGAAAUAGGGCUAACAAGGGAGAAAGGAAACGAUAA